AUGUCCUACAAGCCCACCAGCUCGAAACGCGCAGCCGAGGACUACGUGCGCACCACUCAUGGACAAGAAGGCUCCUAUGACGAGCCGACGAAGAAGCCUCGCUUCGACGUGCGGAACCCAUCAGCACUUGCACCAGACGCACUGGAAGACGAUGCUGUGCUCGAAGCCGAUGUAAUUGGAGGACGAGGCCACCAAGUCCGCCGCGGCGCCGUCAACAUCGACGGCUAUGACUCCGACUCCGACAAUGACAACUUCAACGCCCGUGCCGAUGCGAAAGAUAGAGAACAGAAAAUGGCACAGGCGCAGUCAAAGGCAGAAGAGGAUAAUGAUAUGUUUGCGGAUCUCGAGGAAGACUUCAAGGACGGGGACGACUCGGAAGGUGAUGCCGGGACACAAGGCGGGAAGAAGAAAGCUGUGCACUUUCUGAACGCCGACCAGAUCGUCGGUCAGGUGGAAAAUUCGACGAGUGGGGGACAUGUGUCGGCAGAUUUCACCCUGAACAGUAGCAAGGGAAAGGGCAAGAUCCAGGAUCAUGAGGUUGAGAGCAGCAGCGACAGUGAGGUGGACGACGAAACGAGAGCCAACGCCGACGACCUUGACCCCGAGCUUGGAGCUGGUAGCAAGAAGACACAUGCUCCUAAACUAGACGCAUUCAACAUGAAGUCGGAGUUGGAAGAAGGUGGAUUCGAUGAUCAAGAAAACUACGUCCGGAAAGCGGCUGACCCAGAUGCCAAACACGACGUCUGGCUGGAAGGGAUGUCCAAGAAGGAGAUCAAGAGGGCCAAAGAAGCUGCCGAAAAACGCGAGGUGGAACGUAGGAGACGUGACCUUGAAAAUGAUUCCAUCUCUACCAGCACAGUGUUGUCCAAUCUCAUCCUAUUGUUGGAACGUGGUGAGACUAUCCUUGAGGCUCUAGCACGCCUUGGAAAACCGAAAGAUACGAAACCAAAGUGGCAUAAUAAGAAGAACAAGAAGAACAAUGGCAUGAUCGAGGACGACGCCCCAGCUCAUGAUGGGGCAGCCGAGCAAGCUCGCCGCAAGAGGGUUGAGGCUAUUACAGAAGCAGCAGACAUUUUGAUGACCAGAGGUCAGGCUGAAAUCUAUGACAAUGAAAGAGAAUUGCUCGUACGACAGUACCGAAAAGAGACGGGGGAAGAGUGGAAGGAGCCAGCUGAACAGGACAAUGCAGCACUUGCAAAUUCUAUGGGACAGCUCUGGGAGUACAGGUGGACCGACGCCAGAGACGGCGGGGCCAUAAACGGACCCUAUGAUGCUCAUACCAUGCAACAAUGGAACGAUGCUGGAUACUUUGGUGAAGGUGUUGAGUUUCGUAGAAAGGAUGAUGGCGACUGGACCAGGGUGGCGGCCUUUGCCUAA